UCUAGGCAUUACCAUUUUCUGGCAGCCAGAGGAUGACGAAGAAAAAGGUGUGUUUCGGCUUGUCUAUUUUCUCGCUACUUCCGUCAUCCGCAAAUUGCCGACGACGCGGAAGCGCACGCAGAACUCGGCAUAAGCGUCCUCUGUGAGCUUCAUCCAUAGCCGGUAGCCAGCAUGGGAAGCUUGGGGCUUGCCGCUUAAGCUUGAACGCUUUAGUACUACCAACGCCGGUAUGACUUCCGAAGUUUGGUGUGGACAGCGAAUCACUUAAAUAUCACUGCUCUAUGGCUGGUAGGGUCUGCACAGCGGCUGUAGGGCGCUGUCCGAGUCAUUCCGCACGCUGCAGCGAGACAAAUUGUUUCUGCAUUGUGGUUGCCUGGUGUGUACGCGUGCUCUGUGCGUCUCAGUGCCUCACGAAUCUGGAAGUGUCAAGUCAGUCAAAGAGUGUUGUGGUUGAAGCUAUCCUCCCAGUGUUGCCCCGGAAUGCGCGUGUGAAGGUGUCUUGCUGUGCUGUUGCUCAUCAAUCUGCACACUCCAACGUGGCUCAAUGCUAGUGCGUGCUUGUGUGUGGUAACCUCGUCUCUAUAUAUAUCUUGGCGUCUCUCACGGCAUGAAUUUUGAUUCUGUCUCUAUUAGCUGCGGUCAUUUCCGAGGCAGAGCAGAGGCGGUUCUUGACCAUGCAGCCGUCGGCGAAGAUGGCGAAGACUCCGGUCCGGUCAGAUGCCACGGGUUUACUUAAUCAAGUCGCGUUGCCUUCUUCACCCUUUUGGCACUGUGUAGACGGAGGCCUCUGGUGGCGUCACUACUGUCCGCAAGCGCAUGCACGGUUCUAUGGUGUACAGUCCCAACCAGCUAGCACCUCUCCUGGCCCUCAAACAGCCAGUCGUGAUGAAUUGCAGCGAAAGGAACCAUCAGAAAAUGCCACAGGCAUCUCAGCGCUUCUUACCGGAUACAAGCGAGCGCGGGAGAACUCAGCAGAAAAGCCAGGCUGUUGUGCCUCUGGAAGUGGAGAGGGGUGUCUAUUUACACAGUGGAGUGUCCCUAGGCUUUGCGCACGAGUGAAUCCUACUAUGGAGAGCGCGUCACAAGAUUCCUCGCGGGAAGACCGAGGCACAGAGAAAGACGUGUUCUGCAGGAAAAACCGAUGUGCCGGCCUGGCUCUCUUUGACCUCGACGGGACCCUCAUAACAACAAAAAGUGGCAAAAAGUUUCCCCAGGGUGCAUGUGACUGGAAGCUGCUGCACCCUCCUCAAAUACUGCAGAAAUUGAGAAAGCUGGUGGCUGAGGGCUACCACUUGGUCGUGGUGUCGAAUCAACUCGGGGUUCAGAAAGGGCAUACGACGCUGAUGUCUCUGACGGAGAAGAGUGACGCGCUGCAGCAGACGUUGAACGUGCCGUUGACGGUUUGCCUCGCGGUUGCUGACGACUUUUUCCGCAAACCACGAACAGCUGCAGCCUCUUUCAUCUUUGCUCACCUUCUGCCACAUCUCCACCAGGUGCAGUGCUGUGUAAGCUCCUCUCAGUGCUGUACAGUACGGUGUUCGGAUGGUGGAUGGGCAUUCGACCGAGAGCGACAGCUGUCGCUCCCACCGGUUUUUUUCGUCGGCGAUGCGGCAGGAAGGUUGGGAGUUCCCAGUAGCACAAGUGUAGGCGAGAAACCCAAGGGCCAGAGGGCAAAGAACGAGAAGGCAAAGACACCCAAGGAUCACAGUGCGGCAGAUCUGAAAUUCGCUCUGAACGUAGGAGUGCCCUUCUUUACUCCGGAGCAGUUUUUUCUUGAACAGGACGAAGUGCCACCACCGCUUAUUGCGUAUUUUGGGAAGGGCACUCUCCCCAUAGGUUCGGUACAGAGUGGCUGGACGCGGCACGGAACGCACUGGGCUGGAGUCGGAUCCGAAGUUCACUCCGACCAACGCAUACUAAAUUCUACAGCAGUGAUAACAGAGGCAACCUCCAAAGUGAAACUGUUCGUGCCUGCUGAGCUGGUGAAGAACGCUACUCCGAACCGGCGAAUGAGGGAAGAGCAUUUUGGGUGGCUGCGAGGUGAUAAGGUACGCAGCUCGUCCGUUGGAAGCACAGGCCUCACUGGUCCCGGCGUAAAGUCCGAAAACGGUGACCGUGUUACAGGUGGUGCUGAAAACGACUCAAGGGGAUUCACUACGGAUAACGCUGGCAACGAGACCGGUGGUGACAAGAACCGUCACGCUACACAGCCGCAACUGGUAAUCCUUAUUGGCGCUCCGGGAAGUGGGAAGAGCACUCUGACAGAGACAGUGUUCAAGGAUUACACGUGCAUUCGGCAGGAUGACCUGAAAACUCAAGCAAAGUGCGUCAAAGCGUGUGAAAAGGCUCUUAGCGAGAAGCGCAAUGUCGUGAUCGACAUGCAAAACGCGACAUGCAAAACACGCGAGCCGUAUAUCAAACUAGGAAAGGCACUAGGGACUCAUCGGAUACGGUGCGUCGUUCUUAAAUGGCCCGAAGAAAUGUGCAAACAUAUGAAUACGUACAGAGCGUUGGUUGGACGCGAGAGGGCAAAACGAUCACGAAACGCGCUCUCAACUGAUUUCGAGGGACAGCGACGACCCACCAAACAGCCUAGCACGCGAUUCCGGGAGGAGGCUGUUCCGUCGUUUGUUCUGAAAAAUUUUUACAGACAGGUGGAACUGCCGUCCGCCGAUGCAGAAGGGGUGGACGAUGUUGUUAUCCUUGACGACGCAGAACGGCAUUUCAUGUGUGAAGAGUUCUCUGAUGAUGAUGAAAUGGUACUGUUUGGUUCUUUCCUCGACUGAGCCUCACCUUGAACAUAUUCCCAUUGUGUGUGUGCUCAUUCUUUCUGCUUGACAUGCAGUCAUGAAACAGUGGGAAGACUGACGCAGGUCAACAAACUGGUGAACAUGGUUGUUGUAUCUAAUUGGCCAAGUAUAGAUGAGCCUUUUCUUGCCUGAAGUGAAACACAUCCUAAGCGUACAGCUACCCUUAUUGAGCCGUCUCGUAUGUCGAAGCCUACGACCAACACUUGGCUUACCGUCAACAGCGGUCGCUGAGCCGCAGACUUAAUACGGUUGUGC